CGGCUUCCGACAAGUCGGAGGGGAGGGAGACGCAGAAGCAGACAAGAUGGCGGCGGCGGCUGCACAGGGCGGGAGAAGUGGUGGCGGAGGCAGUAGUGGGGCUGGCGGUGGCCCCAGCUGCGGGACAGGCAGCGGCCGCAGCGGUUUGUUAGAUAAGUGGAAAAUUGAUGAUAAGCCUGUAAAAAUUGACAAAUGGGAUGGAUCAGCUGUGAAAAACUCUUUGGAUGAUUCUGCCAAAAAGGUACUUCUGGAAAAGUACAAGUAUGUGGAGAAUUUUGGGCUAAUUGACGGUCGCCUCACCAUCUGUACCAUCUCCUGUUUCUUUGCCAUAGUGGCUUUGAUUUGGGAUUAUAUGCACCCCUUUCCGGAGUCCAAACCCGUUUUGGCUCUUUGUGUUAUAUCCUAUUUUGUGAUGAUGGGGAUUCUGACAAUUUAUACCUCAUAUAAGGAGAAGAGCAUCUUUCUUGUGGCUCACAGGAAGGAUCCUACUGGGAUGGAUCCUGAUGAUAUUUGGCAACUGUCCUCCAGUCUCAAAAGGUUUGAUGACAAAUAUACCCUGAAGCUGACCUUCAUCAGUGGGAGAACAAAGCAGCAACGGGAAGCCGAAUUCACCAAGUCCAUUGCCAAGUUUUUUGACCACAGCGGGACACUGGUCAUGGAUGCAUACGAGCCUGAAAUAUCCAGGCUCCAUGACAGUCUUGCCACAGAAAGAAAAAUAAAAUAGCCAAUUCUAAAAGCAGCCCUCUUUCUGCUGGAUCAUGCUGAAUUACUGGAUGGGUGGGGGAAGAAACAGAACUUAAAAUGGGUAAAGUAAGAAAUGUUUAAAAUGUCCCUUUUUUGUCCUGAAAUUUUAGUCCCUUAUGGAAAAAUAGGAUUUUCUAGCACAGAUAUGAGAAGUUGUAGCUCUUAUGUCUAGCUGUAGCUUCCUUGGUCUGCCAAUUGUGUUGUUUUGACUUGCUUUGGAAAAGCAUUCUUGCUAAAAGCUGUACAAGACUUUUUUCUUUUGUACCUAGUAGUACUUUCUAUAGUAUAGCUUUGUGCCAUGCAGCAUUUGAAGACUCAGUUUUAAAAAAUUGUUAACCUGUUUUUGACUUUGUGUUAAUUCCUGUUUCAACAACUUUCCACACACCAUUUUUGUGGGUGUGUAUAUAUCUGACUUGGGAAGAAUUACCAAAAAAAAAAAAAAAAACCCAGAAAACAAAAAUACCAACUUUUAAAUUUGUUUAAAACAGACCUGCCUGUUACAUUUUGUGUUCUUAACCAAUUGAAGAAAUCAUUGGCAUUUUUAGUUUUAUAUUGCCUGUUUUCCACUAGUAUAUCCCUAUUGAUUUGUUUAUGCCCUUUAUUAACUGCCAUUUUCUAAAAUUUUUUUCAAUAAAAGGAAAGAAGAUGUGAAAAAAUGGAGUCAUAGUCUUGAUGGAAGGAACAGAGCAGCAAGUGCUAACAGUUUUACUACUAUCAUAGAUUUCUUUCAUUUCUAGGCUGUCUCACUAUUUCUAGAGCUCUGAGAAUCUGUAGCUGAGGAACUCUUAGCUCUGGUGAGAAUAGUAAGAACACUCAUUACUUGGUCCCAGGAAGUGCUCCAAGUACCGUAUAUGUAUUAACUCACUGAAACCCACAGUACUCCUAAGAGGUAGGUAUUCUUAUUAUCCCUAUUUUGUAGAUGAGGAAGCUGAGACUCAAACUUGAAUAAUUUGUCAUACAUCUCUUAAUAGACCCCGUUCUGUCUCCAGAGUUUGUGUUUCUGUGGUGACAAAACAGCAUCACCAGGGGAUGUUGAUGCAUGCCUGUAAUCCCAGCUACUUGGGAGGCUGAGGCAGGAGGAUGGCAGAUUUGAGACCAGCCUGGGCCACUUAGGGAGACUCUGUCACAAAACAAAAAGUCCUGAUAUAACUCAGUGCUAGAGCACUUGCCUAGCAUAUGUGAGGUCCUGGGUUUGAUCCCUGUUACCAAAAAAUCUUUUACCAUAUUUCUGCAGCCUAGUCUGAGAAGAGCUCAGCCUUGCCUAGAUCCUGUGACCUUUAGGAAUAAUGUUCAUCCAGCCUCAUAAAAGUGCAGUUCCAACUGUGCUUAUUAGUACCACUAAGGAGAGGGUCACCAAUGUUUUUCAUUAUUUGCAAAUUUCAGCUGCUAAUGUGUAUUUAGUGUUUGUAGUAUUUUUAUUUUAGAGGCAAUAUUUUUUUGCUUCAGAAAAAUCUUAAGAAAUAAAAGAUGCAAAGUGUUUGUAUACACACAAAGUUGUAUUUUUCUUUUGAACUGAAUUCCUCUCAGUUUAGAACUCUUUCUCUCACCAAUUCUCUACCUUAUCUCCACCCAGAUUAACCACAUUGUACAUCCCAAACCUCGUCUCCAUGAUGGAAAUCAUCUAGGAAAGCUACACUGAUUUUAUAGAGUAUAUCCUGUCACCACUAACAGCCUUUUCUGUUAUUCAGUAGAAUGUUCUGAAUGAUCCAACUGAAAGCACAUAUGUGCAGGUAACUCUCCUGACAUCCAUGCUACCUUAAAAAUCAAGAGAAAUUCUUAUAACAUUUUCAUGCCAUGGAUCUUUUUGAUAUUCUUGUGUUUUCUAUGGUCCACUUGUCAGACUAAUGUUUUGAAUGCUUACAUUUAACAUUGCUUGUUAAUGAGGAAGUGGGGUGGUGGUUAGCUCUAAAUAGUGGGAAAUAACUUCAAAGAUUGCUCUGGUUUGGAUCUGAAAUGUUCCCUAAAGGCUCAUUUGUUGAAGGCUUGAUCCCCAACCUGUGGUACUAUUGGAAGGUGGUCCAACUUUUAGGAGGUGGCCCCUACUAUGUGGAAAUUAUGUUAUUGGAAGGGAUACUGGAACCCAGCCCUCCCCCCCUUUUUUUUUUGUUUCCUGGUCACCA